AUGAUUUUGUUAUGUCUAUUAUUGGCGGUUGUAACAGCUCAACAGGUACAAAAUGGCAUCGAAAUGACUGCGGAUGAGUGUAAAGAGGCCGGAUUCAUCAGCUCUUCAUUAAAAUGUUCGGUGUGUGAAAGCUUGCCGACAUUCAACCUCGAUCACCUUGUCACCGAUUGUCAAGCCUGUUGCACAAAAGAGAAAGAAGCUGAACACGAGAAAUUCCCAUUAGCACAUGUCGAAGUUUGCGAAUGCAAUUUGGCCCGAUUCCCGCAAGUUCAAGCUUUUGUCCAUCAAAACAUGGCUGAUCAAUUCGGAGAUCGGGUGAAGGUUCGACACGUGAGAGGAGUUCGCCCGCAAAUCGUUCUCAAAGAUCUUAAAGGUAUCACGCGUCAGACGUUAAACAUUGAGAAAUGGGAUACAAACACGAUUAUCGACUUUUUAGUUCAAUGGACUGAA